UUUUAUUGGGACCAAAAUAAGAAAUCUAUGGCGAUGGAGGGCAAUCUUCUAAGAGAGCUUCUUCUUCUUCUUCUUCUUCAUAUUCUUGUUGUUGCUGGUGUUGGUGGAAACCCUAGCUAUGGCGUCGAGUCUUUGAACAGAAGUAGUUUUCCACAAGGGUUUGUUUUUGGGACAGCUUCAUCGGCUUACCAGUAUGAAGGUGCUGCAAAUGAAGACGGGAGAGGGCCGAGUAUUUGGGAUGCCUUCGCACACAAAUUCUCAGGCAAAAUAAUUGAUGGGAGCAAUGGAGAUGUAGCUAAUGAUGCUUACCAUCACUACAAGGAAGAUGUUGGGAUUAUGAAGAACAUGAAUUUAGAUGCUUAUAGAUUUUCAAUUUCUUGGUCCAGAAUCCUGCCAAAAGGAAAGCUCACUGGGGGAGUGAACAUGAAAGGAAUUCAAUACUACAAUAGCCUUAUCGAUGAGUUAUUGGCUAAAGGAAUAAAGCCUUUUGUUACACUCUUCCAUUGGGAUCUUCCACAAGCCUUAGAAGAUGAAUAUGGUGGUUUCUUGAGCCCUCAUAUUGUGAAUGAUUUUCAAGACUAUGCGGAAGUUUGUUUUAAAGAGUUUGGAGACCGAGUGAAGCAUUGGAUCACAUUGAAUGAACCAUGGAGUUAUAGUAUGGGUGGUUACGCACAAGGUUCAUUUGCUCCAAAUAGAUGCUCCUCAUGGAUGCACCUCAACUGUAGCGGUGGAAACGCUGCAACUGAGCCAUAUCUUGCUUCUCACUACCAAAUUCUUGCUCAUGCGACUGCAGUCAAACUUUAUCGAGACAAAUAUCAGAAAUCUCAAAAGGGUUUGAUAGGAAUAACCCUAGUAUCGCACUGGUUUGUUCCAGUUUCCAAUGGGAGAAAACAUCGCAAUGCUGCACAGAGAGCUCUUGAUUUCAUGUUUGGUUGGUUCAUGGAUCCAGUGACGUUUGGAGAUUAUCCAGAGAGCAUGAAGUCUCUUGUUGGGAAGAGACUACCAAAGUUCACGCAAGAGCAAUCUAAGUUGGUUAAAGGGUCGUAUGACUUUCUUGGAUUCAAUUACUACACAGCCAAUUAUGCAGCCUACACGCCUCCCAACGCCAACCGCACCACCUACUUCACCGACGCUCGAGCCAAGCUCUUGACCGAGCGCAAUGGCAUAGCCAUCGGUCCCAAGGCAGCUUCCCCAUGGCUCGCAGUUUAUCCUAGAGGCAUUCGAGACGUGCUGCUGUAUACAAAAGCCAAGUACAAUAAUCCCCUCAUCUAUAUCACUGAGAACGGAGUUGAUGAGGUUAACAAUGCCACUCUCCCCCUAAAGGAAGCACUUGUGGACAAUUUCAGGAUCCAUUACUAUCAAGCUCAUCUCUAUUUCCUACGUAAAGCAAUUGAGGAUGGUGUGAAAGUGAAAGGGUAUUUUGCCUGGUCCUUGUUGGACAACUUUGAAUGGUCGAGUGGUUAUACAGUUCGGUUUGGCAUCAACUUUGUUGAUUACAAAGAUGGAACGAAAAGAUACCCAAAAAGCUCAACUUAUUGGUUCAAGAGAUUCCUCAAACACUAGCUUAGCUCCGUUUAUCUUCGACGCAAGAGUGCUCGAUCAGUGAACUAUUAUGCAUAAUUGAUGCAUAUACUCGACCAGAAGUUAUGGCAGAGAGUGAUGUCCAAUUAAGUCGGAGCUCUUUCAAUGGAAUAAAAUAGUGCGGAAUCUCACCUUUUCAAUAAUUUGUAUUUUGUAUUUCUCCAGUAAUGUUCUGAACGCUACACUAUUUGUUUUGAAUUUAUUCAUUUGAUGAAGUGUCAAGAUAUUAAAUACAUGUUUUAAUUUUUGUCAAAA